AUGCCAAAUUCCGUGGAGAAGUUCCCGAUGGAUGAGGACCUAAGCAACAGUGUCCUGAAAGAGCUGGAGUGUCCUGUCUGCAUGGAGUACAUGGUAUCUCCGAUAACUAUGUGCGAGAGCGGUCACAACAUCUGCAACAGAUGCGGACCCAAAGUGAAGAAGUGUGCCACCUGCAGACAACCUCUGCUGUCAACACGAAACUUCACUCUGGAGAACCUGGCCAAGACAAUCAAGUAUCCCUGUCGCAACCGGAAGACUGGCUGCGAGGAAGCAUUCCCUCUCGACCAGAUCACACAUCAUCAGACUGUCUGCCUACACAGAUUCUACGACUGUCCUUUGGCGAAAGCACCGGGGAAUCUGUGUCUCUGGCAAGGUCCUAGGAGUGAAAUCAAGAGACACAUCGACAUUAACCACAAACUCAGGGUCACGGAAGCGAUUGCUACGCUCUCAGUUUUUAUUAAAGCGUUCAAUCCCACAUACAAGUAUUGCAGGGUUAUAUAUACUCUAGGAGAAAUUUUCUAUCAGCAGUUUGAUGUCAGUGCAGAUAAUUUCUGUUUUGUGGUGCAGUAUGUCGGACCAGAAGCGGAGGCAUCCAGAUAUAAGUACCAGUUAACGCUUAAAUCACCGUGUGGUCCUGAAAAAAUUAAGGUGUCUCAAGUGACGCAAGGUGUCAAAGUUAGCACCGAUGACAUCCGUCAGUCAGGUAAAUGUAUCAAAUUGCCCUACGAUGUUGUCAAGAAUUUCUUGGAGAAUGACGACUUGAAAUUUGAAAUGAGCAUAUCUGAAGUAUGA